GAGAGAAUGUAGCGAGUGCGAGGGAGCGGGAGUGAAAAUGAAAAAGGAAGGAAAAACGAGCGGACGGUUCGGGCGAAACUCGAAGCGAAGUUUAUACUGUGGCUUGCCUCGAAAGCGAGGCAGUUCCGUCGAGGCAACAAAGCGUCGAGGAUUAUCUUAUCUUCGUUAAAAUACCACAUACAAAAGCAUGGAGCCGAGCUAUCACGAGGAAUAUUUUAGUUCUUUUAUUGGUGACACAAAUCGGUGGAGGGAAUCGUGCGUUUUUGUUUGACAGAACGUCAUUUUUAAUGAACGCGCCUGCGUUCUUUGAAACUCUCUGACGUCCCGCAGAGAAAGGCAAUCCAGCCUCGGAAUUUCUCAUUUUAAUACUAAUUUUGAACCGAAUGAAAAGUUCCACUCACGAUCGCCUCUUCCUCAGCGCUUCUUUCUCUCGCUCUUUUUACGUCUUUCAUUUGUGCUGUGCGCGUUACUCCGUUUUCGCUAUUGUUUCCCGUUUGCACGAACGGCGGUUGUGAUCCUCGAUGCUGCUUGUGACAGUGCUCCGAAAAACACCGUCCUCGGCCCAAGGGACCAGGUGGGUCCCUGACCCACCGCGUCUCGCUUAACCAGAGAAGCAUCAGCUGGUUCGUCAAUCUGGAGUACUUUAUUUCUCAUUCAGACUCGUGUGAGUUUAAUGUAUUUUGUUGUCGGAGCAAUUCAUAACGUUUCAGAGGGAACUUUCCAGAUUUUCUCACUAUACCGAAAUAUUCAGUGAGUCAUAUUCGAAUGUAUUUGUGUGCUAUCAAGUAUUUCAGAGUCCGAAUUUCUCUCUGGGCCCAAAAAACGUGGGAGAAAACAUCGACCGACAAAAGUUUGAAAGUUCUAUCAAAUUUCUCUCGAUUUUUCGGAAUGAGGUUUUCGGUACUUUUAUCUAGCUUUUGAGAUGGUUUUUAAACGAAGAAACUCCUCUAAGACGGAAAGAAAUAUUCUCUGAAAAAUUGGCGUCGCUUUGGGAUGUCGGGAAGUGGAAAAUAUUGUAAAAUUCUCAGUCAAAAGUCCCGAGCACCGAUCCAACGUUAUAGUGAGAGUCGAUAUCCGUGUUCAUGCGAAGGAUCGUGAUUCCGCUGACGAGUAUUUCUGCGCAGAACUCACGCAAAGCCUCGAAUAUAAAUAGCUGGAAAAAAAUGAAAGUUUAAGCGCGCAAUAAAAAUACCAUGAACAUUGACCAUGAUUUUCUUCAUGAAUUAAUUUCCUACCUCCGCGGUUUUCCCCUGGUUUUCAUAAUAACUGUAGCGCCUGCCGAUUAAUAAAAGCGAGUACGGUGCACUCACUUAAUCGUUCUCGAUUCCAGAGGAACCGUUAUCACGGGGAGGGACACUGGUGUUGAUACCCGCGCGAGGAAGGAUCUCUUCUCGUUUUUCUUUGCUCCUUUGACCAACUUACGAGUGCUGGUAACUCGUACGUAUAUUUAUUCACUGUCUACAGUCACGGAGAAGUGAUUCAUGCGGCCGUCUCUCGUGGACCGACGAGAGUUGCGAUUAAAGCGCGUCAUUCCAUCGAGCCUACGUGUUAUUUCUUUGUACGAAUUUCUCGUGUUUCAAUAUUCCCAGAAAAAAAGGCGGAGCUUGGAAUUCGAGGAGAGAAAAAAUCGGGCAGAGCACAAAAACUGUGCGGUUGGUCGACAAACGGAUGUUAGCGAAGCGUAGAAAUUGUGAAAAUCAGGACAAGAGCUCUGGCAAAAAGUAUUGCAGAAUGAAAGUUGCAGAGGGAGAAGAAAGCGGAGGCUUAAAAAACGGGACGUGACUUCGAGCUGAAAAAACUUUGACGAGGAAGGAAAAAACGAGGCUUCAAACAAGAAAGAAAAUGCUGAAAGCGUCGAACGGCCGUGGAGGGGCAAACAAAAGUGCGCGUAACGGUGAAAGAGGAGACUGCAAAAAAUGAAAUUACAAUGACGAAUCGCGCGAGUAUUUUUAGCUUUAUUUAGCAGGGACCCUGGUCGGAAUGAGAGAGAAUUUUUGACUCGCGGUUCAAUAUAUAUUGAGGAUGGAGGUAAAACCGAUCCCGAAGCCUCGAUCGAUUAUCGGCGAGCGGCCGGUACCAGCGCCGAGGACUCAAUUGCACCUCCCGAAGUCUCCGGUACCGGAUAACAUCGGACGUUCCCAAUCCCCGGGGAGCGAGUCCCUCAAGUCGGAGCGCAGCAGUUUCGACGAGCGAAAAUCUCUGAACUCGUCUUCGAGCAGCUGUGGCGAAACGAAGCAGAGCACGAAUUCGGAAUUUUUUAAAAACCUGGGCUCCAGCUCGCGCCAAUUGAAGGACGAAAUAUCGGAGAAAAUGACCGUCAAGGGGAAAGCUCUGAUAUCGAGCACCAGGAACGCCAGCAUACGCUUGGAAAAGUCGGUGAAAAAUUUGGUCACGAGACGAUUGACCUCUUCUUUAAGCACAGACGAGAACCAGGAUUCGCAGCUUGACAGAAAGUUAGCCAAAGAACAGCAGGAAGAUCGCUGCGUAUCGAUGCCAGUUUACAACGAUAUUUUUAGCACGCUCUCGUUUUACAGUCCGCUGGAAACGUCCAAUUUAAAAAGUAUGAAGAACGAGGAAGAUUUGUCAUCGGGCUCGCGAUACAGUCCGCCACCUCCCGUUUACCCACCGCCUCCGCUUCCCGACGAGACCAUAUACGACGAAUUGCAAUCCGUAACUUCCGGUCACAGCUCGCGAUACGACACACUCAGUUCGAUAAGUGUAUCAGAGGAGCGUGCUUUCGAGCGCGAUUUCCCGGACGCGGAGACAUUCGAUCUUCUGGAUUUCGCGAACAACCGUCGCGCCAGUGAUUCCGAUCAGUCUUUGAACCUGUCCGACGUGAACGUCGUGGCUUCGGGCCCGCGAGCCGAAAACUCGCCGCGCGAUGACGCUAAAAGACUGUCGAGAUCGGAUUCGUGGACGUUUUACGACACGAUACCCGCGAGAGUAGCGAAUAACGAAUCGUCCGCCGACGACCAUGACGGAAUAUCGAGUGUCGAGGAAGAAAACGAGCCCGAAGCUCCGAUCAAAGAGAGAAUCUCGUGUGCUUCGAACAUCAGUCAAUUAUCGUUGCAAAAUUCGUUGUACGAGAAUUGGAUGCCGCGAAGAUCGUCGCCGGGCCUCGACGACUCCAGGGACAGCGAGGUCGGCGACGUUGAACGUAAGCAAAGCAAAUCGUUGCUCUUCGAGUUCGAUCCUUACGCCAAAACUGAGGACAACAUUUAUGGCAACUACGAAAACAACGAUCUUAUGCUUCUGGAAGCGCUUUUAGCCACGAGCGAAACCCCCAGCAGUGGUGGAAGCAUGGCGGACUUGAGGGAAGACGAGGACGACGAGGAGGAACGCGACGAGGAAGAAAUCGUUAAGAAAGAGCUUCCGAAAAAGAGCCCUCCGGAAGUAGUACAAAUAAAGCCGCCAUUACCGCCCAAGAGAUAUGACUCAUUGCCAAAAAAUGAAUACGACGAGGUCGAAAUGGUUGAACAGCCGGACAAAUCGGUAUCGUCGAAGAGCCCAGCUCUGUUGCCAAAAUUGGCGCACCUCAAAGGGCGCAAACAACCGGCUGUGCCGCCGCGCAAAAACUCAUCGAGUGUUCCUACGAGCGACAAAAAAGUGUCGGAAAAAAAUUCUAACCCCGAGGAAGCUGCUUCAUCGAACGUUUCUCCGGUUGGCAAAAGCGAGGAAAGACGAACGAGCGUGAUGCAAAGAUUGAAAAAACUCGGCCACGAUUCCACCGCUCACGUCAAACCGAAUGUUAUUAAUUUUAUGAAAAAUUCGAAAUUACUCUCGAGGAAUCGUGAACAAAGCAACGACGCCAGCUCGAAGAAGCAAACUGUCAAAAAUUCUCAUAUGAAAAGACCCGAAUACGAAGGACAAAUGCAUCCCGUUUUUCAUCGUGGAAUCGUCUGCAGAUCUGGCGUCGGCAUCGAAAGAGCUAAGGACUUGGUCGUCAGAGCUGCUGUAUUAGCCGAUCAAAAAAUUUCUUUCUAUACUGACAAAAGUAUGAACACUCUCAAAGAAGUUAUCAAUCUUGCGACUGCCACCAGUAUUCAUCUACUUCAGGACGUUAAAACAAUCGAUGGCGAAACGGUGCACUGUAUAGCGGUCGGUUGUGAAGGGAGGCCCGCGAUUCACGUAUUUUAUGCGAAAGGCAUAACAGAAAGGCGAAUUUGGGCUCAAAGAAUACUGGAAGCUCUCACGCCAGUUUUCCCCAUAAAAUACACAGCUGAUUUGACUCGAGUUGGCUGGGCCUAUCUUAAGGAAGGAGUGACGGGAGCGUGGUUCCCAGCUUGGCUGCUACUUCAGCAGAGAACUCUCGUUUAUACGAAAAGUUUGGACCUGGUAGAGUUGGAGCACGUGGAUUUGCGGAAGGCUCGUUACAUCCUGCUGAGAGAACAAGAGGGUCCUUUCUCGGAGACCGGAAGUAUUCCAGUGGUGGUCGUCGACACCGGUGGUAGCGGGGCCAUCCAUAUCGCUGCUCCGGGCACGAGGGAAGGUCCGGCUUGGCGUCACGCGUUGCACCAGGCGGCGACCAGCUGCGGUCCAGGGUUGGACGAGCAACAGCUUACCCAAGACAAUGUGCCGGUCGUCAUCGACAAAUGCAUUAAUUUCAUCUACGCACAUGGAAUAAUGUCCGAGGGCAUUUAUCGACGCAGCGGCUCGAGCAGCGCAGUCGUCAAACUUUUAGAGGCUUUCCGACGAGACGCUUGGGCGACUCAAAUAACGAGAGGAUCGUAUUCGGAACACGACGUGGCGACGGCGCUGAGGAGAUUUCUUCGGGAUUUGCCUGCCCCCUUGUUGCCGUCGACGAUUCAUGACCCACUUUGCAGAGCUACAGACGUAACGAGCGAGGAAGAGAGGGCAACGACCUACAGAAAUCUUCUGGCAAACCUGGAGCCCGUGUCGUCGUCGACCUUGCGCAGAAUCCUCGCCCACCUCCACUGUCUCGGGCAACAAAGCGCGCGAAAUCUCAUGACCGUGGAGAAUAUCUCAGCGGUAUGGGGGCCGACGUUGAUGCACGCAGGGGAAAAGAGCGCCGAGGAUUGGAACCGGUCCGAGACUAAGGUCGUCGGUGAUCUCAUAAAACUUUAUCCGAAACUUUACCAAUUGUCGGCUGACGAUCUUGCCAAAGAAGCGAGAAUGCUCGAGGUACUCGAACGCCAUCACGUUUCCAAUAGCGGCCUUCGGGGUGCACCCUCCGGCGAUCUCAAAAUUUGGAUCUAUUUGAUCUCCAAAGAUGGCCAAUGCGUCAACGUCACGAUUGGUCCCCAAAAAACUGCUUCGGACGUGUGCAGAGAAUUGGCAGAAAAGGCUAAGCUCCCUGCUCACGAGCUUUGCUUGGAAGAGUACACAUUGGGUGGCUCCCUCGAGAGACCUCUUCAUCACAGUGAAAAAGUGCUCGAAGCUGUGGCCCGAUGGGGCUACUGGGACCCCGAUGACCGCAAAGACAAUAUACUCAUUCUCAAGAAAGACAUUCUUUACAGGGACAUCGCACCUCGGAUCAAACCACCGAUGACUAUUUCCGGUGAACUCAAAUUCGCCGACACCAAGACAAAGCACUUCAAAAGUUAUCUGUUCGAAUUCAGUCAGGCAAAACUGUGCUGCUACAAGGACAAAGUUUGCUCGGUCAAACUUCACGAAUGGAAAAUCGAGGACAUCGUUUGGUAUUUGGGACACGAACCGAAACGAAAUCCUCAAAUGGGAUGGGCCAUUACCUUCAUCGACAAGAACAAAAAACCUGCGAGGUGCAAAGAUUCUCCUUUCUUUGGUUACACGCUAGCCGGGGCUUCGGUAGUUGACCAAUACAAGUGGCUGGCUGCGAUGAUUUUCGGAGAAUACCAAAUGGAUCUGAGACCCUCAGUUGUGAAUUUAAUGGAUCCUUGAUCGACGUACGAAAGAUAGAAAAAAAGAACUGAGUGUUAUUUUAAUCGUGAUUGUGAGUGAUGGACGAACUUUAUUCAAGAAAGUUGAAUACCUCGUCGCCCAAUAAGUAAUUCCAUUAGUCGUUAACGAGAGAGUAUUUUUUUAUGGCGAGAUUCAAGCGUAUUGAGAGGAAAAAAACGUUGUCAGUAGACCGAGACGAUUUAAUAUACGUAUUUACAUUCAUAUAAAAAAAAUAUGUUAUUUCCGGCGUCGCAAACGCCAUCUUUGUUACGAAAAAACGUUUCAACGUUUAUUAAAUGCUAAUAAAAAAAUUGUUCAACCCGUU